UCGCCUUUGAGGGUAAGAUCUUGACGUUCGACCAUACAACACAGCGAUGCGGAUCUGGAUGGUAAGGGUUGAGAUGUGUUACCUCUAGGUUGACGAUCGGUCCGUCGAUGAUAUCUUCUCAUCGGCUCUUCCGAGUUUCAACUCAUCGAUUAAGCAAAAGGUACAGCACAGCACCUCACAGUCGGCCACAAGUCACAAUUCUUCAUCACCCAGGUUUCGCACAGGUUUGGUUUAGGCCAGGACGGGGAUUUCUCUCUCUCUCGAUGGGUAGGCGCAAGGUGAACCCUUUUCCUCCGCCAUGUUUUAUUAGCUUCUUUAUUUUUUUGGUUUCCACGUCCCCGAAUUUUUUUUUCAUUGGUCUUUUUGCGAGAGUUGCUGGGUAGGUAUAAUGUAAGUUUAUAAAGCACGAUUUUGUGUUUU